AUGUCUUCGCCGCAACAACGGCUGUCGUCCAUCACCAAGCAGCUGUCCCCUGCUUCUGCAGGCGUCUCCGUUGCGAGAGCAAACAUUCUCGCUAAAAACCCAGACGAUGUGGUGAUCACGUAUCUUGCCCGGACGCCUCUCACCAAGGCUCGGAAAGGUGGCCUCAAAGAUACAUCGGUCGACAACCUCUUGAUUUCUCUCCUCACCGCCGUCCGCGAGAACUCCAAGAUCGAACCCAGUCUCGUCGAGGAUGUCUCGGUUGGUAACUGUCUCGCCCCGGGUGCCACCUACCUGGCUCGGUCCGCUGUGCUGGCCGCUGGAUUCCCCGUGACUACGGCGGCGUCGGUCUCCAACCGAUUCUGCUCCUCAGGACUGCUGGCGAUUCAGAACAUUGCGAAUCAGAUCAUCGCCGGAUCCAUCGAUAUUGGUAUCGCGGUAGGCGCGGAGAGCAUGAGCACCAAUGCGGACGGUGGUGCGCCCGAGAUGGCUGAGCGGAUCAACAAGCACCCCAUCGCCUCCCAGAAUUACAUGCCUAUGGGCCACACCUCAGAGAAUGUGGCGGCGCAGUUUGGCAUCACUCGCGAACAGCACGAUCAGUUCGCAGCGAAGAGUUUCCAAAAGGCGGAACGCGCACAGAAGGCUGGCUGGUUGAAGGACGAGAUCAUCCCCAUCAAGACGCAGAUCAAGGACCCCAAAACGGGCGAGGUCAAGGAUGUGGUGGUCGACCGAGACGAUGGCAUUCGCUACGGAACCACGCCGGAGUCGCUGAGCAAAGUGCGCGCUGCGUUCCCGCAGUGGCAGCCGAGUGCGACGACCGGCGGUAACGCCAGUCAGAUCACGGACGGCGCGGCGGCACUGCUGUUGAUGAAGCGAUCCCAGGCGCAGAAGUUGGGCCAGCCAAUUAUUGGCAAGUUCUGCGGUGCGACUGUGGCGGGCCUGGAGCCUCGAAUCAUGGGCAUCGGGCCUACUUUGGCCAUUCCCAAGAUUCUGGGCAAAUUUGGCCUCACCAAGGAUGAUGUGGACAUCUUUGAGAUUAAUGAAGCCUUUGCCUCGAUGGGUGUUUACUGUGUCAGCAAAUUGGAGCUGGACGAAGCCAAGGUGAACCCACGAGGCGGUGCCAUUGCAUUUGGCCAUCCCUUGGGCGCAACGGGUGCUCGUCAAGUAGUCACUGCGUUGUCAGAAUUGCGUCGCCGCGAUGAGCGUGUGGCCGUGACGUCCAUGUGUGUGGGAACAGGCAUGGGCAUGGCUGGAAUUUUCGUCUCUGAACACUAA